UCAUAUUCACUGUAUUGUCGCUUCCGUAACGGUUGUUUAUCCAGUUAGUGUGAAGGAAAGCGUGAAUUUUAUAGUUGAUUUUGCAGAAAAAUAACGUUUUUAAUGCUCAUACUUAGAGACCACAACCGACUGUGAACGGGAUGUUUUAAUGUUUUUGUUUGUCAGCUCGAAAUGGCGGAAGAGAAUCAGCCUGUUAGUGUCAUCCCUGAUGAUGAAGGUCAAGAAAAGUUCAAGAAAAGUGAACAUGUUGCUUUUUACAGGCGACAGAUGCAGGGUCCAAACCUGCAGUACCGGGCCCUGUUGGACACCAUGGUGCUCACAGAGAAAGGGGCACGCUUUGAACUGUUGGAGCCUGACACACAGACCAGGCUGCUUCUUUCUGUCUCACCUUGCAAAAAUGACACUGUAAGGAUAUUGAUAGAUGAACUCCAGCCCAUUAAAUCACGCUACCGAGUUCCAGAUGUAAUAACUGGGGAACCACAGUGUGAACAGUUGAGAGUGGAGAGACAGACUAAGGACUCUGUUACCCUUUCUUGGUCUUCAGGACGUCAUCAGGUUCGCGUUUGGCAUUUUCCUUUCCAAGUGGAGAUCCUGUGUGAAGAUGAAGUGAUGGUCACAUUUAAUUCUAAAGGCAAACUGUGGUUUGAGAUGCUGCAGGAUCGAGCCAGGGCCACAUCUCAUGACAGUGAGCUUGAAGAGGACGCCCCGGGUUUAUUAUGGAGAGAGACUUUCAGGCAGUUUGUGGAUAUCAAAGCUAAUGGUCCCAGCAGCACUGGGGCAGACCUCUGUCUUCAUGGUUUCAGUCAUGUAUACGGCCUGCCAGAACAUGCUGACAGCCUGCAGCUCAGAGACACCAGAGACGGUGAACCUUAUCGGCUGUAUAACUUGGACGUCUUUGCCUAUGACUUGUACAGUCGUUUCGGCCUGUACGGGUCUGUGCCACUGUUGGUGGCCCACAAAGUCGACAGGACUUUGGGUGUGUUUUGGCUCAAUGCAUCUGAGACUUUUGUGAACAUACAUUACAGUCCCACUGACCAUGAGGAUGAGCAAACACCCCCAGUGAAGAGGAGGCGGCUGCAGCCGCAGACUGACGUCCACUGGCUGUCAGAGAGUGGUGUGAUUGACUGCGUGGUUCUCCUUGGGCCCAGUCCACAGCAGCUCUUCAGCCAGUAUGCUCAGCUGACAGGAUAUCAAGCCCUGCCCCCUCUAUUUGCCCUCGGGUACCACCAGUGCCGCUGGAACUACGAUGAUGAAGCUGAUGUGAAGGCUGUGGAUGCUGGAUUUGAUCACCACAACAUCCCUUAUGAUGUUAUCUGGCUGGACAUUGAGCACACAGAUGGGAAGCGUUAUUUCACCUGGGACCCUGUUCAUUUUCCAGAUCCAGCCGGUCUGCAGCGCCACCUAGAGAAGAAGAAAAGGAAGCUGGUUGUUAUAAGUGAUCCCCACAUCAAAGCUGAUCCUGAUUGGUCCCUGUACUGUGAGGCCAGAGAUGGUGGACAUUUUGUCAAAGACAGAGAGGGACAGCUCUAUCACGGCUCAUGCUGGCCUGGUGAAUCCUGUUACCUUGAUUUUAGCAGCCCAGCCACUAGAGCAUGGUACUCCAGAUGCUUCACCCUGGAAAAGUACAAAGGAACAACACCAUCGUUAUUUGUGUGGAACGAUAUGAACGAACCGUCUGUGUUUGACGGGCCGGAGCAGACGAUGCCGAAGGAUGCAGUGCAUUAUGGCGGCUGGGAACACCGGGAAUUGCACAACCUGUACGGCUUUUAUCAGCACAUGGCCACAGUGGAGGGUCUGAUAACUCGGUCAGGUGGCUCGGAGAGGCCUUUUGUCCUGUCACGCUCCUUCUUUGCUGGGUCACAGAGACUUGGAGCAGUAUGGACAGGAGACAACGUUGCCAGUUGGGGAUAUCUGAAGAUCUCAAUUCCAAUGCUUUUGUCUCUUAGUGUGGCAGGCAUAGUAUUUUGUGGAGCUGAUGUUGGUGGCUUUAUUCGGGAUCCGGAUCCAGAGUUGCUGGUUCGCUGGUACCAGGCAGCCGCCCUGCAGCCGUUUUUCCGCGGUCACUCUGCAAAUGUGACAAAACGUCGGGAACCCUGGCUGUUUGGAGACAAGGUUACCGCUGCAAUCCGCACUGUAAUCCAACAACGGUAUUGCCUGCUGCCCUACUGGUACACUCUGUUCUACCAGGCUCACACCUCUGGUCUGCCUCCACUCAGACCUCUGUGGGUGGAGUUCUCACAAGAUCAGAGCACCUUCACUGUGGACAACCAAUAUAUGAUUGGAGGAGCACUACUGGCCUGUCCUGUCACCGAACCAGGUCUUCAAGAGGUCAAAGUGUCACUUCCUGGAUCUGGUGAGAUUUGGUAUGAUGUCCACUCUGCAAAGGUGCACAAAGGAGGCGAGACUCUGAGUCUUCCAGUCACCCUGGACACAGUACCUUUGUUCCAGCGUGGUGGCUCAGUGGUCUGCAGGUCAACAGUAAGUGGCUCCUGUACGGCCGAACUCCAGCAGCUGCCUCUCUCCAUCACUGUGGCUCUAAACCCUCAGGGUGCAGCUGAUGGUGAGUUAUACCUGGACGACGGCCACUCCUUCAGCUACCGUGACAGAAAGGCCUUCUGUCUGCGCAGGUUCAGCAUGCUGUCAGGCCGGCUGCUCUGCCAUGCUGCCAGUGAAGAAGGAACAUUUGACUGUGACACUGUCGUACACUCGGUCACCUUCCUGGGGGUGAAGAGCAAACCGUCCACUGUGACUGUGCAUGUGUCAGGUGCUAAAGACACUCCUGCUGCAUUUCAGUACACACAGACCUACUACAAACUGACAGCGAGCAACCUGAACCUCAGAGUGGCGAUGGACUGGGAGAUACAGAUAGUUUAACUGUGUGUGUGUGUCAGCGACUUUUCCAUCCACUGUGUUUGUUAUUCCAGAUGGGAGAGGUGAGGAGAAUGUCAGGUUAAAAUCAUCAAAGCUAUUUUAACAGCAGUAAGUUUCCAAGUAUAAAUGGUACUACUUUUACCCAUUUUCUUUUUGGCUUAUUAACAAUUACAUAUUUUGUCCUUGAAUGAUCAUGAAACUACCAGUGCUAAUAAUUAUGGAUACAAAAUUAUGUCUGAUUUUAAAACAAUGGAGUGAAAGAUUCAUCCACUGAAUAAAUGACGCUCUGAUGUGCAGCUUCAAAUCUU